GUGGCCUUUAAAUACUCGUAGGUGGUAAUGUUGAGCAUUGAGUUCGUAGUGAGCUGAAGUGAAGAUGGGUCGAGGAGUCCUCAGGAGUCUUGGACUCUUGGUCCUCCUUUGUGUGAGUCGGUCAACCCAGCAGUCACUAGACAUAUCAGCUUCAUCUUCGAACGCAGCCAGAACUGGUCAAGAACUGGAAGAAAAUGACAAGUCCGCCUCAGCAUCAGCAAGUGCUGUAGCGCAAAGUUUUGGACAUUUCAAUCCAACCACCUACAGGCCGCCAUAUUAUCCAACGACACCGAACUACCCACCGAGUAAUCAAUGCUACCACGCAGACCAAAUCCUGCACCUCAAGGACCCGUACGGGGUCUGCCAGGUGUGCGUCUGCGUGCAGCGGUACGGGUACCUGGAGCCUGUGUGUGGCAGCUGCGCCGAAUGUGAUGUCCUACCGUGGCCGACAACGCCGCUACCACCGCCACCACCACCACCCCCGCCGCCGCCGCCAACACCAAAAUGCGACCCCAUGCCUACCAACCAGUACUUCCAGAACCAGUUGGAUCCUUGCCAAGUCUGCAUCUGCAAGGUAACCGAGGAUAUGUAUGGUCGCCCCGAGGCUCCCGUCAUCGAGUGUACUCAUAACCCUACAUGCACACCGCCGGGGCCCCCUACACCAUGUAAGUUGACCAAAUAUAACUAA